CGGAAACUUCCGCGGAACCGGGAACGGAGCGUAACUGUGUUGCACCAGGCUCAUCAUGCUGCUGAAAGCCGGCCUCAGUCCUCUGCUCCGCACUGCCGCCACCUACACUGCCUCACCCCGGACGGGCUGCUGGCUGACGAAAUGUGAGCGAGAAGUGUUGGUGUGGUCAUUCUGGUGGGAUGUGGACACUGCUGGUCUCGAUGCACCCCACCCCACUGAGGGUGAAGGGCUCUCCCAUGCACCUUGGGAGAUGUGAAUAACUGGGUCGUGUGGUCUCAAACUGUUUAUAAAUUCUCUGCCGUUUCAGGCACUGCCCUGGUUCUCUGGCUGUCUCUGCAGUUGUGCUGUUUACCCCAGGGAUUGUGGGUAUGAAGAACAAACUAGAUUCAUGGAAAUAACUGAACAAACCUGUGAGGCAGGUUCGAAUCCCUCCCAGGGACCUUGCUUCCGAUCUGCCAGGUGACUGGGCUCCAGUGCCCCACUGCUGCAUCAGUGGCCAGGGCUGCAGUUACCCCCACCCCUAACUGGCCUUGAGGUGGAGGUCUCCCCAGUUACGGAUCAAUUCCCGCUGUUGCCCGACACUGGAGCAACCUCCCGUUCCACAGCCGGACUCCGGAGAAGCCCUUUGCCCACCGCAGCGAGCUGAAGCAAGCUAAACGCAUCGUGGUGAAGCUGGGCAGCGCCGUGGUAACCCGGGGCGAUGAGUGCGGCCUGGCCCUUGGACGCUUGGCUUCCAUCGUUGAGCAGGUGUCGGUGCUGCAGAACCAGGGGCGGGAGAUGCUGAUCGUCACCAGUGGCGCGGUGGCCUUCGGGAAGCAGCGGCUGCGUCACGAGAUCCUGUUGUCCCAGAGCGUGCGGCAGGCUCUGCACUCAGGGCAGAACCAGCUGAAGGACAUGACAGUCCCCGUGUUGGAAGCCCGCGCCUGCGCGGCUGCGGGUCAGAGCGGUCUGAUGGCUCUGUACGAAGCGAUGUUCACACAGUACAGCAUCUGCGCUGCUCAGAUCCUGGUGACCAACCUGGACUUCCACGACGAGCAGAAGCGCCGGAACCUGAGCAGCACCCUACACGAACUCCUGCGCAUGAACAUCGUCCCUAUCAUCAACACCAACGACGCCGUGGUGCCCCCCCCGGAACCCAACAGUGACCUGCAGGGGCAGAUGAUCAGCAUCAAGGAUAACGACAGUCUAGCAGCACGGCUCGCCGUGGAGAUGAAGGCCGACCUCCUGAUUGUCCUUUCCGAUGUGGAGGGCCUUUAUGACUGCCCACCGGGGCUGGACGAUGCAAAGCUGAUCGACACUUUCUACCCCGGAGACCAGCAGUCCAUCACGUUUGGGACCAAGUCCAGAGUGGGUCUCGGAGGCAUGGAGGCCAAGGUGAAGGCAGCCCUUUGGGCUCUGCAGGGAGGGACCUCGGUGGUGAUCGCCAGUGGGACCCACCCGAGGGUGACGGGUCAUGUGAUCACAGAUAUAGUGGAGGGCAAAAAGAUUGGAACUUUCUUCUCAGAGGUGAAGCCCGCAGGGCCCACCGUGGAGCAGCAGGCAGAGAUGGCGCGGGCGGACGGGAGGCUGAUGUCUUCGUUACUGCCACAGCAGAGGGCCGACAUCAUCCACCGACUGGCCGACCUGCUGACGGACCAUCGCGACGAGAUCCUGAGCGCAAAUCGCAGAGACAUGGAGAAGGCGGAGGCUACAGGCCUCUCCCAGCCGCUGCUGAAGCGACUCUCGCUCACCACAGCCCGGUUGAACAGUCUGGCCAUCGGGCUGCGUCAGAUCGCGGGGUCGGCACAGGACAGCGUGGGCCGGCUGAUCCGCCGGACGCGGGUGGCCAACGGGCUGGACCUGGAGCAGGUCACCGUCCCCAUCGGGGUUCUCCUGGUCAUCUUUGAAUCCCGGCCUGACUGCCUGCCCCAGGUGUCAGCACUGGCUAUCGCGAGUGGCAAUGGCCUCUUACUGAAAGGGGGCAAGGAAGCAACGCACAGCAACCACGUUCUGCACCGCCUGACCCAGGAGGCACUAUCGGCUCAUGGGGUCAGGGACGCUGUCCAGCUGGUCAGCACGCGGGAGGAGGUGGAGGACCUGUGUCGGCUGGACAAGCUCAUCGAUCUGAUCAUUCCUCGUGGCUCCUCCCAGUUGGUGCGUGACAUCCAGAAAGCGUCGAAAGGAAUCCCGGUACUCGGCCACAGUGAGGGAAUCUGUCACGUCUUCUUGGAUUCCGAUGCCAAUCUAGAUAAGGCCGUCAAGAUUGUCCGCGAUUCCAAGUGUGACUACCCUGCAGCCUGCAAUGCUCUGGAGACGCUGCUGGUUCACAGGGACCACCUGAGGACCCCCUUCUUUGACCAGAUAAUCGAUAUGCUGAGAAUGGAACAGGUGAAGAUCCACGCUGGGCCCAGGUUUGCUUCCUACCUGACCUUCAGUCCCUCCGAGGUGAAGUCCCUGCGCACGGAGUAUGGGGACCUGGAGUGCUGCAUUGAGGUGGUGGACAGCGUGCAGGAGGCCAUCGCACACAUCCACAAGUACGGCAGCUCCCACACCGACGUCAUCGUGACCGAGAAUGAGGAGACGGCAGAGUACUUCAUGCAGCACGUGGACAGCGCCUGUGUCUUCUGGAACGCCAGCAGCCGGUUCUCCGAUGGGUAUCGCUUUGGACUGGGUGCAGAGGUCGGGAUCAGCACAGCACGGAUCCAUGCCCGCGGGCCUGUGGGUUUGGAGGGUUUGCUCACCACCAAGUGGUUACUCCGUGGGGAGGGGCAGGGCGUGUGUGACUUCGCAGAGCAUGGGAACAUGAGCUACAUCCACGAGCACCUCCCCGUCCCCCACCAAGUGUAGGAUCAGAGACAGGCGACGAGCUAUGGCUCGGCCAGGCAGGAUCACAGCCAGCCCACCAGCUCCACACACAACGUACACCCCACCGUCUGGGUCUGACUGUUGGCCAACACAGGUGAACUGAGCAUCAGGUGCCCCGUGCUUGGGUGAUGGGUCUCCACACACCUCGUCUGGUCUCCUGGAGACCCAUCAGCGAGGUGCUCCCUCCUGCCCCUCAACAGUCCGCCCUCUGCCUACCUGCUGACUGCUGUCUGACCGAGGGGGAGGUUGUUGAGUGAUAAAUCAGUCAUGGUCAGGCUUCAGCCACCAGCAAUGCCACCGGGUAAAGUCCCCCAAGGAUCACAGCUUCACACAAGGGCAAAGGGAUUGGCAUUAAAGAGGAGAGCACCACUGACAUCAUCUGUGCACUGCGAGUCGUGGCACACCUUCCAAAACACAGCAAUCUGCCCCUCCUGGUUGUUCGACACCAAGGGAGUUUGAAAUUCCUGAUGGGCUGGGGCUGUGAUGGGACUGAGCUGGGCUCUGCCAAUGUGAAGGAUCCCAGUCCCGACAGGUGAAGGAAGAAGACGUACCCCAACCUGGAGCAGGAGGCUGUGAUCUGGGGAUUAGGUGCCAGCCCAUCCACUGAGGGCACAGUGCUGACCCACCACAGUGUGGGUAUCCAGAGGGUUCAGGGAUCACGAUCCCUCUGUGAAUCUCAGCACGGUGCCAGUACAAUGCUUGAUACGCACAUCUUUGUCUCAUGGGUUUGAGGAAAGUCUUGCUGCAGCUGGAGAGGAUUGGCUGAGACUGCUCCUGAUGUUGGUGCACAGCUUCAGUUUCUGAGUCUUGGGGUGGGCACAGUGGGAGGUUUGCUGGAUUCAGACCAGUGGGUUGUCCUGUGAUGGAGGAUAGUGGAGUUUGGAAGAAUGAGUGGUGAUCAUUUAAAUAUCUGAAGUGUUUAGCAGCUUGGUAGACAGACAGUUUAGGAACAUUAGAACAGGGAGCAGAAGUCGGACUGCUACAUCAUUCAAGGUCAAACAGAGAAUGCAGCCACAGCUCAGCAGGUCGGGCAGCUCCUGUGGAGAAAGGAACAGUUCCUGGGGGAGUUCUUCCAGCAACUUGUUUUUCGCUGGAGCACAAAAAUAUUUGGUUGUGUUGGACAGCUGGGUGAGACCUCGGCACAUCUGGGGUGCUGGUGCUAGCUGGAUCCUGCAUAAUCCACAGGAAUGAACUUCCUCUAACGGGACCCAUGUGUAAGGGGACAGGAUCAGUCCUUCAGCAGUAUCCCCUGUCUCCUCACACAAGCCUAACAGUCAGGUCCCUGGAACAUCUUGGACCUGAAUUGGGUGGAAUGGCUGCAGUUUGUGAGUCUUCUUCCAUUUUGGAGAAUUACAUUUCUCUGCUGGACCUGGGGUAUGCAGAUACAACAGCACAUGGAGACGGGUGUCUUCUCUGUGAGAGCUCCCUGUACCUCAGCCUUCCCCAGAGAAUGGAAGAGCCAACUCUGCCUUGAUCCCAGACAGUGGUUUUACACCUGCACCAACCCUGUGGGUCACCUACUGAUGCUGGUGGGUAGAUUUGUUGUGAUUUUUACUCUGUCUUGGUUGCAAUAACAGCAAAUAGUUUUAAAAUAUUUUGUAUUUGUCACAGAAUAAACUUUUUGCAGA